CGUAUAGCCCUGUGCCUCAUAGUCCUUUCGGUGAUGUCGAAUUCUGGAUUAUGACUUACGCCAAAUCUUUCCUUUCCUCAUCCCGUUAAGGAAUUUAUGCACUUCCCAAACAGACUACGCACCGCCUGUGGAAAAUUUUCAGCCCCCGAAGUUUCACUUCCCUCGUCUUGUCUUUAUAUUCAUUUACCUAAUCCAAUCUUCGUCAUUUCUCACACGCCUCACCUCUAUCUCUCUCUGUCUCAAGUAACUGCAGUCAAACGCAGAGGCUUUCCUCUCUGCGUGUUUUCUGUAACUUUGAAGCUCGUGUUAGUGUCACCUAAUCUUUUGUGCUCUAUUUUUGAAAGUCUUUCGGAACAAGAAUAGAGAAGUUUGUAGACAGAGAGUGAAUUUGGAGAUUGGACAUAAAUUCUGGUCUUUUAGCUGUUGCGCUAUAUUGCUACUUUCUUCUUGCAAUUAUGGAGCGUUAUGAGAUUGUGAAAGAUAUUGGGUUUGGGAAUUUUGGGGUCGCCAAGCUGGUUAGAGAUAGAUGGACUAAAGAGCUAUUUGCUGUUAAGUUUAUUGAGAGGGGCUUAAAGAUUGAUGAACACGUGAAAAGGGAAAUCAUCAAUCACAGAUCAUUGAAGCAUCCCAAUAUAGUUAGAUUCAAAGAGGUCCUGUUAACACCUACUCAUCUAGCUAUAGUUAUGGAGUAUGCUGCAGGAGGAGAACUCUUUGAGAGGAUAUGUAAUGCUGGCAGAUUUAGUGAAGAUGAGGCAAGGUUUUUCUUUCAGCAAUUGAUAUCAGGAGUUAGUUACUGUCAUUCAAUGCAAAUUUGUCAUAGAGAUCUGAAGCUUGAAAAUACUCUCCUAGAUGGUAGUGCAGCACCACGGGUCAAGAUAUGCGACUUUGGGUAUUCAAAAUCAUCUGUGUUUCAUUCUCAACCAAAAUCUACAGUAGGAACUCCAGCUUACAUUGCACCUGAGAUUCUGUCGAAAAAGGAAUAUGAUGGGAAGAUUGCAGAUGUCUGGUCCUGCGGCGUUACCCUGUAUGUGAUGCUAGUUGGGGCAUAUCCCUUUGAAGAUCCUGAUGAUCCCAAAAACUUUAGAAAAACAAUUGGGAGAAUACUGAGCGUCCACUACACAAUUCCAGAUUAUGUUCGAGUUUCUAGGGAGUGCAGGCACCUAUUGUCUCAACUAUUUGUGGCAAAUCCUGAAAAGAGAAUAACCAUUCCAGAAAUUAAGAAUCAUCCAUGGUUCUUAAAGAACUUGCCCUUAGAGCUGAUGGAACGAGGCAGCUGGCAAAGCAAUGAUGUGAAUAACCCAUCUCAAAGCAUUGAAGAAGUUCUGUCUAUAAUACAAGAGGCAAGAAAACCUGUUGAGCUGCCAAAGACUGUAGACGACUUUCUUGGAGGGAGCAUGGAUCUUGAUGACUUGGAUGCUGAUGUCGAUUAUGAAGAUAUAGAUACAAGUGACGAUUUCGUGUGCCAUUUAUGAGCAAAGUGAAUAAAAAAAAAAAUCAUACUUUAUUAAGGUUUUGUUUCAAUGAUUAUAUGAGCAUCAGAUUUCUUGUCAUGGGUGAUUUCCUUUGUGAUUCUUGUUUAGCCACAUGGCGUAUCAAUCCCCUUCUGUAAAUCCUCUCAUACUUACAGUGCAAGCUAGUUUAUAAUAUAAAAAUUUUUAGUGCA